AUGAAGUGCCUGCUGCUGUUCGUCUGCGUCACCGGCGUCCUCGGCGAUUUCUGGCCGUAUUUCCACCAUCGCAACGGGCAGAAGCCGGAAGAUUGCCUGGAGCAGGAGUACUUCGUGAAAGAAGGCUCUCGCUGCGAUGCCGAAUUGUGCAGCGGGCCGGCCACAUGCCCUCGCAUCCUUGCAUAUAACGUUUGCUUGUGCAAGCCCGGCCUGGUGAGAAGAGCCGACGGUAGAUGCACAAAGAAGGAUGAAUGUACCGAGGAAGAAUCCAAACCCGAAGCCGUGACUUGG